CCUAAGACAAGUUCAGCCCUACAGUAAAUGUGUGUCGGUCAGAUUACAUUGAAGGUACAGUAUAUUUCCUCCUAAGGUCUCUAACCACUUAGUAAAUAUUUGUCAGAUGAAUUAAUGAAAUGAAAACCUUUAUAGAGGAAACCUGAAGAUGUUGGUAGAGUGAGUCUAUGGAGACAAAGGCUCUUCAGGUCAUUGUUGCUGUCAACAGACCCUGUGAAAAUGUCUUUCGUAGGCGACCCUUCCUUGCAUCAUUUCCAAGGCCUCUGGGGUACACAGGGAAACCACAUACAGCUUUGGGACAUUUUUUUAACUACUAGCAAAAGCAGCCCAUCAGAGUACUCAUUUUAAAGAUGCAUAUUUAAAGACAAGGAGGGAAGAAAGAAUUCUUAAAUGCAAAUGGCUUUUACACUUUCCUACUUAUGUGUUUUGUUCAGCAGACUAGUGUCUUCCCACACCCUUCUGCUGUGUGUGCGGCCAUUUUCUCCGAAUUAAAGGAAGAGAAAUAUUGGCACCUAUCAGUUAAAAAGCCCCAGGGAUCCACAUACCAUCCGGGCCAGCUAGAAUGAGGUGUUUAUCAGGGCACGAACCCCUGGCUUCUGGGAACCCCCCCCUCUGACCUCUGUGCUUUCUUCCUAAAGUCCUCAGGCCAGGGCUUAAAAGGAAAUAGAACAAAAUUAAGUCCACCACUGGGUGAUUUAGCCUUUGGUGGAUACUGACGAUUGGUGAUGUGCUGGCGUUAAUCAGGCAGCGUGGCCAGCACACGCCAAACACAGCCCAGAGUGGCUCUGGAACCUGCACCAGCCUGCGGUUGGGCCCGGUGUGCGGUUUGGGCAACAUCUUGAAAACAAGCUCAUCCAUAAAGUCAAAGGCUUUUAAAGUGAUUUUUAAGUAGAAUAAACAUUGAGAACAAUUAAAAGGAAUGAACAAGGAGCUAGAUUAAGAUUGACACCCCCCACCCUGCCCAAAUACCCAGUGAUAAGGAAGCCAGCCAAACAGUGUAAGUGUGUUAAGGCAGAGUGGGAAUGCAACGCGGCCAUUAAAGGUGAAAAAUACGUUAGUUUUUUUUGGAUACAUGAAAUAUGCAUCUUUACUAAUGUUGAACCCCGAAGUGGACUAUUUGCAACCAUUUCAAAAUGCAGGUAUAAUCAUUAACAAAUGGCAGAACCGAUUUUCAUAAUGUUGACUAAUGUUUUCAUCAUAUUGACUAAAUCCCUAAUUUUUAAAAACGGACUCUCGUGGCAGUCAUGUGCAAUCUUGUGAAUAUUCCCUUUUGAGGACUUGAUUUCAGAGUGAUCCUGUCACUCUGACUAAACCGACAAGGAAGUGCCAUCCCUGGAUGGCAAGGACCAGGGACUUUAGGGACAAAGGAGAGCCAAAGAGCAGCAGGGCCAGCUUGAGGCCAGAGUGUCUGAAGCCUGAUGCUUUCUGAUGUUGGCUCUUCUCUGAGGAGGGUCCCCUGCCCUGGUGACCACACCCCAGCCCAGUCUCCUGAGCCUCACCCUCUUCAUUCACCCAGCCAUGUGACUCUGAGAUGAAAUUGGGGACAAGUAGAACAAGAGAGGAGAGUUAUGUUUUAAAUUUGGAAAUUGCUCAAGAAAAAUCAGGCUGUCUUGAUUGGCACAUGCAAAUGUACGCAACUGUUAAUUUUCUUGCUGAAAUUCCCAUUUCCUUUAUCCACACAAAAUCUCUGAAAAAUCUUCUUGAUGAUUCUUUUGUUCCCUUUCUGCCCCCACCCCCAGUAAUUAAAACGUGAAAUAGUAGUGAUGUCUUCUGGCCAACCUGAGGACCUGGGGGUGACAUCAAGCCCAGGCCACUGCUCUUGGCCCCAGGUGGCAUGCUGGGGCCGACAGCAGGGACGGGCUGCUGACGUAACUGUCUUCAUUUCUAAUGCUGGUAGUAACCAACAGCGUUUAGUUUUGCUUUGACAACUCCUCCUACAGCCAAAACUAUUGUUAUGGCCCACAUGCCAUUGCUAUUUAUCCUAAAUAAGGAAAAACAAAGGCUAUUCUGGGCGUAGAGCAGGGCUUGUGGCCGGCUUUAUUUGCAAUAUUACCAUGGCACGCUGCCCUUCUCACUAUGGCCGCACUGUGAUUUUUCUGAAAACUGCUGCCUUCUCUUAAGUCUUUUCACACAGCCCCCGGGCAUCAGAAUGCACUGGAGGUGUUCUACGCACACAUGAAAAACUGCCUAGCCCUCAGGGGAAACCCAGACUGUGCUUGCACAAAAUGAACCAGGAAAAAGUGCCCUCCUGAGAGCUGUCUCUGCUUUGCCAUUUGGAUUCUUCUCUCUAAUUUCUGAACCUUGUAAACUAAAACCGCCUAGUAGUAAGAGUCCUGACUUUACAGCACCCCUGUAGGUAUAUUUUCGCCACCAUGCAUUGAGAAAUAGGGGCGGGGGGAGAGAAAGGGCAGAGCCGACAGGAAAGUGAGAGUGGGGGGGGAAGCUGAGUGUUUCCUGCUGUGCUUAUGACUUUGACAGUUGCCAGUGCCCAGCUUAGCUGCAAGAGCUAUGUGAACUGCUCCCAUCAGUUAGAGAGAGACUUUGGGGAUUGGAGGGCCCCGAGGACAGCCUGCAGCCUGGCUCCUGGUAUGAGAGACGCUGUGGGCACUUCAAGCCAGGAUGUGCUCUUGAAGCUGGAUCCACAGCAGAGAAGCCUAAGUGGCUAAGCAUCCCUGUCUGUUUGCACACGCUGCCUCGCGGAGCUGGAGUUUGCCCAGAUCAUCAUUAUCGUCGUGGUGGUCACGGUGAUGGUCGUGGUCAUCGUCUGCCUGCUAAAUCACUACAAAGUCUCCACACGGUCCUUCAUCAACCGCCCGAAUCAGAGCAGAAGGCAGGAGGACGGGCUACAGCCGGAAGGGCGCCUGUGGCCUUCAGGCAGCUCCGGGCCUCGGCCAGGGGCCUCAGAGAUCAUGUAUGCCCCGAGGUCCAGGGACAGGUUUACCGCCCCAUCCUUUAUCCAGAGGGACCGGUUCAGCCGUUUCCAGCCCACCUACCCCUACGUGCAGCACGAGAUCGACCUUCCUCCCACCAUCUCCCUGUCUGACGGGGAGGAGCCGCCUCCUUACCAGGGGCCCUGCGCCCUGCAGCUCAGGGACCCUGAACAGCAGAGGGAACUCAACCGAGAAUCUGUGCGGGCCCCGCCCAACCGAACCAUAUUCGACAGCGAUUUGAUAGACAUUUCCGUGUGCAGUGGGGGCCCAUGUCCGCCGAGCAGCAACUCGGGCAUAAGUGCCAGCACCCGCAGCAGUAACGGGAGGAUGGAGGGGCCGCCCCCGACGUACAGCGAGGUGAUGGGCCACUACCCGGGCGCCUCCUUCUUCCAUCACCAGCACAGCAGCGCGCACCGGGCGAGCAGACUGCCGUUUCAGCAGGACAGCUCGGGGGGCACAGUGCUGCCCCUCCAGGGCAAAGACAGGAAGCCCGGCAACCUCGUCUGACCCGCCCACGUGCACAGGAGGAGGAAGACGCCGAGCCGGGAGGAGGGCCGCGCCGCCUCCGCACCUCCGGCACGGUGGUGGUCCGUCUCACCUGCUACAACGAAGUAAAACCAAAUGUGCAAACGUGGUCUUUGUUUCUGAUUCCUUUCAGGGGAAUUGCAUGCAGACUAGACUGAAAUAAUACAAACUUCCAUCCGGUCUGACCGCGAACAGUGUUUAUCUGGGGACAGGCGUCAGGACGGGGUGGGGGUGGGGGCUGGUUUUGGCAAAGGGCGGGCUUGGGAACACAGAGAAAGGGAUGCUUGGAAGAGAUCAUGAAAUAAAACCCACAGAGGUAUUUGAUUUAUUUAAUUAUGAAAGGAGACUUUUCAGAGAAAGAGGCCAGAAUGGCCGGUUUUAUAACUAAUUGAUAAAGAAGGAUGCAUUAUUAUAUAUUAUCAUGGGGAAGUAUCGGCCAGUUUGCUUUUUCUCCCAAGGUGUGGAACUUUUAUUUUGUUUUAAAAACAUGAUUCAAAAUUCCUGUUUUGUGUGCCAAGGUAUAAAGUGAAGAAGUUAGAUGAAUGCAAGGAGUUAAUUUGUGUUGUGAUGAUGUGUUUUUAAAAAGUUGCACUAUCUAAAUGUUUAUAUAUGAGGGGACUGUUCCAUGUGAAGUUCUGUAUGUUGUCUUCUCACCUGUGGAUUAUUAUUAGGCUCGAGGAAUACCUGGAGUGUUCCCCAUAAUCACGCGAGAAAAGAUGUUUGGGGAUGUAGCCUCACAUACACCAACUUACCUAAAUCUGGAAGCCAUUCCUGUUGCAGGAGUUUGCUUCACAUAGCAGUGCGCCACUGAAGUAUUUGGAGACUUUGGAUGGAAGAUAGGAAAUACUAAAUCCCAGCAUUUCUGACUUGUUGAGUUACUCUGCUAGUCUUAGGCUGCAUAUUUGAUUAACUUUGACCCCAACACAUGCAUUUAUGUACCCGGUAUCAUGCAGUGCUGCCCAUCCUCCCGCGGUGCAGUUUCUUCAGUAAUUUAGAGGUUUUUUUUCCACUGUAGCAUGAAAUAUACUCAGAUACAUACAUUAUUUUAUGCAAUAAAUUGUUUAAAAUGCAAGGUGGUUAUUUUUAAUACUGUUGAACUAUGUGACUUCUCAGUGUAUUCCCCGUUUUCUCUCUCCUUUUAUAGCUAGGUAGUUCAGUUCAGGCCUGGAUGGCUGGUCAGGGCUCUGGAGGCUCUCCGCCGUGGCCCCCGAGGCGGCCUACCUGGCCACGGUGUGCAAGGCUUCUUCAUGCACAGGAGGCCCCUGGAGCGGAUGAGAGCACGCCGAAGUGCCCCGCACCGGAACAAGCCCUUGCACGUCACUGCCCAUGGCGCUGCGCUCUUGGAGGGAUGCGGUGCUCAGAGCCCACCCCAGCUCCGGGGGGAGUGUCCUUGGCUCCCCAGACGGUUACCCAACAGUGCAGGGCAGGGAGCGACUGGAAGCGCACAGGAUAAAAAGCACAACACGUAGUUCAAUGCAACUAGAAGGCCAAUUUUAAAUAUUGCUAGUCUUCGCUUUACUACUCCUGAUAUUUCCGAGCAUUUGCUCUUCUGUAGAAUAGAUAACUUCCUCAUGUGGAAGCCAGCAUCUGGCCCGUGUGACAGCCGUAGCCUGUGGGUUUGGCCGGCACCAGGCCUCGGGAGGGCUUGUCCCCUUUGGUCUCUGCAUGUAAAACAGUGAAUUUGGAAUGAUGGCUCAGUGACUCUGAUCUCUGCAGUUUUCCUGCUGAAUCGGCACACGUGUGUUCCUGUCUGUCUGUGGGUCUCUGGGGUGGUUUCUCAGGGAGGUGACUUGGUGCUGUGGGCUCAGAGCUGGAGAAUGUCCUGUCCACUGCUCCUUUCUGCUACUUCUCUUGGUCAGGAGGUGGCUGGGUUUUGUUUUGUUUGGAGGCUCAGAAUCUCCAUUGCACUCAUCCGUUUCACACAGUAACCUCCACAGAACUAGUCACUCUUCAGAGAGAGAGAGAAAAGGUGGGGCAGAAGCUGCCACUCAGGCCUCAGAGCCUGUUUGGAGGCUUGUGUUCCGGGGGCUGCCUUGGGGAUUCCAAGACCGGGCAGAUCCCUGGGAGCCCAGACUCAGACCCAGAGACUGCCUCUCCCGUGCCCCAGGCCCUCCCACAGCUCCGCUCGCUGCCUGGGUCACAGGCCUGCGCUUAAGCAAGCUGGGCAUCCCCUUGGCAUGAAGCCUCACGUGGCCCCGCAGGGGAAUGUUAGCACCUGACCCAGUCAGGACCCCCCACGGGUGGGGGCUCAGGGUGGGCUAGGUGUCCUGUCAGAUGCAAAAGGAGAAGGUUAGUCAUCAUUCCAAACCUCACCUGCAAUUUUGGUAAAGUGGUGAACCCGCCUUAUAUAGCUCUUGCUCAAAACGGUUUCACAGUCCUUUUCCUACCUGCUACCAGAAUGAGCUACGGUCGGAAACUGGUAAAUUCCCUAGUCACUUGGCAAGUUCAUGAAUGUUUUGCAGAUGUCCACAAUAAUUGGCAAAGCAAUUAUUUAAUUCAAAUAACUUUAAUCGUCCUUCAAAGGAGUUCCUCCCAUUCGGCCACCCUAGAGAAUUGCCCUUGGAGUUAAAUAGUUAUUUCAAGACACAGACCUAUCAAACCAUGACUUGAUGGUCUUUGAGGCUGGACCUCUGCGAUGAAUUAGUUUGAAAGCUAAGGUCAUGAAUUGAAUUAAUAGUCAAUUCCCUUCGACAUGGGGAAAAGGUGAUUUAGAUCCGUGGCUUCCUGGAAGGUGUGGCUGCCCUGUUCACACCACAUUACUGGCCGGGUGAGGGACAAGAGGUGAUGUGAGGAGGCAGCUUGUACGGGGGCCCAAUGUUCAAGAAGCCCACGUGCUUAGGAGACCCUAGGGUCUGGCUUGGGAACCUGUGAUGUAGGCAAUCCGUGGUAGGUUUAUUAUUUCAGUAGAGAGUUAGGAUAAAGGAUUGCAUUGUUCAAAGGAGCAGUGGGUGGGAACUGGUGCUCCCGGGCAUCCGGCUGACAUCCCCGGACUUCCAGAAGUAGGAAACCCAAGGCAUGUUGAAUCCCGUUUCUAGGAACAUAGUCUUCAGGGGUGUAUUUGCUUUUUCAGGAGGUCUGUGUUCUUCAGUUGCCAAAGCAGUCCUUAGUACAAAUGAGAUUUUGCUAAACAAACUGUAUAAUUAAGUAAACAUUGCUCCAUUCUUUGUGUCCCUGACCAAAAGUUAGUGUUAAGGAGUUUGACAAGCAUGCCUUCUGUCCUUUCCCGCCGCAUAGGCACAUGGACACACAGCCCACAAGAAAUUUCAAGAUAGCUGAAGAGAGUAUUUAAAACUUGCAAAGACUUGUCCUGAAGAGGACUUCACGUGUAUCUGCUGAUUUUAGCUCAAACUCUUUGGGGAGGACAGGGGCUGGGAGGCCUUCAGAAACACUGGCGUAGGAAUGUCGUGCACAGAUGAGCACGCCUCGGGCUUCUGAACAUCUUCAUUUGAUCUUCUUCACCUUUAGUCUACUUUCGUAAGAAUGAGAAGGGCUCAAAUGGCACGCACUGCUAGAAAGCUGCACUGACCUGGAAGAAUCCGGUCAAAUCACAGCCUUCCCUCAGAAGCAGAGUUGCCCCCCUUGACAGGGCCCUCCUGCACCAUCUGUCCAGUUGCUUUUCUGACUAGGGGGUGCCUGUAGAAGGGUCCUGAUGGGAUCCUCUGGGGCAGGGCUGGGGGCCUCCCCCAGCCCUGUGCUCCCUGCCUGCAGCCUCCAUCUGGUGUUGGCUGUGCCGGGGCUCCUGCGUGAGGUUCGCUAUGUAAAGCGGCACCGUUAACUGCAUGUUGUCUCAUAUGCCGUUCAUUUCUCUUCAGAUUUCCAAAGCUCAGCAGUGUGCAAAGGGGGUGGGGGGGAGGGAAAUUGGGAAGGACACUUGGUUUUUAACUUUGCGGUUUUGUCUGUGGCUAAAACAAGACAUAUGCCCACGCUUGGCACCAAGCCUUUGUAUGGUGACACGCCCCCCCAAGGCCGCCUCCCCUCUCUGCCAGGGCCCCCAAUCCUAGCUGAAGGGUCCGACACAGGCUCCGUUCUGCUGACGCUCACCCAGAUUACUUGGCCUUUGUGAACCUAAAUGAAAUGACAUGAUUGGGUGACGGGCUGGCGGGUCUCCCCUCCUCAGUGGGAGCCACACGGUAUCCACCAGUGCCCACCAAAGUCACAGAUGAAGAAACCGCUUUGGCCCCAGACCACAAAAGCUAGUCUCAGCAGCUUUGCAGCUCCCUUGACUGGCACCAGCUGCCAAGGCCAGCCAGGGGACCUUGCAAAAUACUCCUGCCUCGCCAUACCCUGCAUUCUUCAGGACCCAAGAUUUCAGCCGAGGUUAUUUUACCACCCAAAGUACUGUGUCUUUUGCAUAGCUCGAGUUUGUGAUUCACUGCCAGGCUUAGACGGUUGUUUGCGGCGGCGGCUUUCCAGGCCAUCAGGACACUGGGGUGUGUGAGUCAGAAUGCCUUGCCAAGAAAGCGCGGCCUUCCUCUGAUCCUCUUUCCUUCCUCGGCCUGUGCUUGUUUGUGUGCAGUGUGGUGGGGGUGCCAACGCCCUACCCGCAUGUUGCGUCGCCCGUGGCGUUCCAAAGAGCUCUGCAUGCCGGGGGCUCCUGCUGACUUCAGCAGGCCCAGGAACUGAGCCCCCCACCACCACACUCUGCCCCCACCUUUGUUGUGCCUCACUUACAAUGGUGCUUUUUCAGUUGUCUGUCUUCUCUUAUGUUUUUAUUUGUAAGGUGCUGUAUAUAACUUGAAUAUAUUAUGCACAUAUCCUACCCAAUGGGUAGAACAAAAGAUUGUUAAUACUGUAAUAUAAUGUAUAGAUACUGAUUUUAACAGAAAUGGCAUAGAAUUUGUGAAUGCCUAUGUGCUUUGUCCUCUUUUGUAAGGAAAUUUGCAAAUGGAUGCAUACAGAUAAAAGUCUAUGUAGUUUAUUUUCCUAUUAAAUAUCAAUAUUAUAACACAAGGGAAAGAAGUCUGAACAAGCAAGCCACUGUUUAUGACCAGCAUAUGUAUAGCAAUUGAGAGUUGCAUCUUUGCUGUGAAAACCCUUUAUUAAAAAAAAUAAUUUAAAAAGAAUCCCACAGCUUUUUGGUUGCCACUAGAUGCUUCUCAUUUUCAUCUCUUUAGUAAGGCUCAGUUGGACCAGUGAUAGAGUCAGAAAAAAAAAAAAGUUUUUUUCACCUUUGCUUUAUGAAAAGAUAUCUCAUGUUGUAGAAUAGUGGAGAUGUCAGGCCCCAGGGAGAAGCACGUACUUUCUUAAAAUUGCAGAAAUUAUGUCCAAGUUCAGUAAAUUGGCCAGCAGCAGAGGACUUUGUUCCGUACAGAGGCGUUGGCAGCCGUCUGUGUCCCUAGUCUCUCUGUGCCUUUUUCUUUGACAAACUGAAGCUGUGGAGCCAAUGAACGAAUGCGUGUGUAGGGCAAGAGUAUCUCAGGAAAAACAAAUCCACUUAGGAGAAGAC